AUGAUGCUGAGAGGGCAAGCCGGCGGUAGCGGGAGAUGCCUGUUCACGGCGUCGCAGUGGCGCGAGCUGGAGCAUCAGGCGCUCAUCUACAAGUACAUGGCCGCCGGCUCGCAGGUGCCUCACGAGCUCGUCAUCCCGCUCCGCCACCACGACGCCGCCGCCGUCGACACCGCCCCUUGCCUCGGCAGCUGCUUCCCUCCUCCCCAGCCUUCCCUUGGGUGGGGGCUCUACGGGAUGGGGGCGCAGUACGCGCGCAAGCCGGAGGACCCGGAGCCCGGUCGGUGCCGGCGCACGGACGGCAAGAAGUGGCGCUGCUCCAGGGAGGCGUACGGGGAGUCCAAGUACUGCGACAGGCACAUGCACCGCGGCAAGAACCGUUCAAGAAAGCCUGUGGAACCCAUGUCCUCCACCUCCACCGUCUCCUCCCCCGCCCCAGCCCCGCCAGGCGCGGCCUACCGCCCCUCCGCCCUCUCCAUCUCGCCCCCGGUGCCGGCCGACACGCCCUCCAGCUACGGCCACUACCAGACCCGUCCCGACACCUCCGCCGCUCGCGCUGCGGCUCAGCUCCAUCUCGACGCCCCGUCGCCACCUCCAUCCUACCACAGGUACGCACAGGCACAGCAGCAGUACUCCGCUUCCCCUUUCUUCCCGAGCGGCGGCGGCUACGGCUACGGGCAGUCCAGGCAGCAGGAGCAGGAGGAGAUGGACCUGAGCAAGUUGAUCGAGUACUUCUACAACAACAUCAUAACCAUCUCGUCGGAUGAGGAGUCGAAUGGCUCUUUAGAGUUCAUGGUUACUGUGGCCUUCCUCAUCCAUGACCACAUCCGAGACAGAAGCUGGUGCAAGGGUUCGAUGAGGCCUCACAGUCACAGGGGCAAUGCGGCGCAAUCGAGACGAUGGCCACUAUCGGCUGCAGCAGGACUACUUCGACCCCACAAAGUCAAUGCAACCCAGUUCCAGCGCCACUUUUGGACGUCAAGAGGCUUGUUCUUGACUAUUCUACGAGGCGUCAGGGACUAUAUAACCCCUUCUUGA